AUGCGGUUUAACAAGCAAGAACUGAUAACUUUGGCCAGUCAACCAUCUACCAAAUUUGAAAAAGAGGGAGUUUUGUUCUUGCGGGAAAAACAGGAAGGAUUUUUUAGAAAAACCGAAAUUUGCUUAGAAAGAUGGUGUCGACUCCGAGGAAAUCUGUUAUUUUAUUUCAAAAGUCGAGACCCUUGGUCUGAACCCCUAGGGGUGAUUGUUCUAGAGCAGUGCCAAAUUAGGAUAGAUCCACCAAUGUCUUCUACAGCUUUUACUAUCGAAGGGCAUUUUCCAUUUUAUCUAGUAUUUGAUGGGGGACUCAGUCAAGCUUUAGCAUCCACGUCAGAUUUAGAAAGGUCUAGCUGGAUGGACGUGAUAAGGCAGGCCAGCUAUGAGGGUGUAAGAGCAGAAUUGAGUGCAUUAAGGCAGUGCAUAGAACGUAAAAGAAACCAUAAACCUGUUGUUGAUUUGCAGACAUGGCGGUUGCAACAUACAUGCCCUCUAGACGUAAAUGAAAUUCCACUCUGUGAAAUAUCUUUCGCUUGUGAUAAUUUACUGUGCGAUGGACACGGUCGUCCACCAAAUCCAUCUCUAGUCAUAGACGUAUUUGUACCGUCUUCCAAAUGUUGGAUACAGUACGGUAGAACAGAAGUUAUAGAAAAAUGUAGUAACCCGAUCUUUCUGAGCACAGUGAGCUUUCGCGCUUCAGAUGGUCUCUCGAGAGACACCAAAGUCAGAUUCACGGUGUUCGACGUAAAGGAGCGAGUAUCUGACACUGCUGUCCCUUUGGGGUCGACCUGCAUCCUUUUGAGCGUCGUACAAGACUCGACCCGUCUUAGAAUACCCAUAUUCUCUAGAUCUCAAAGCACAGUAGGGUUCAUGACCAUCAGCGCUUGGUUCCUGGAAGGGGAAGACAAAGGUAGCAGCACAGAGCACACUCCUUGUAAGAAACCCGUUCAUCAUCCAGCGCAGGCUCUUUCUCACAGGAGAUCUCAGUCAUUGCCUCCAAGAUUGGGCGUCAAGAUGAAGUUACCGAAUCAAUCUGAUUUGAAGUUGAUUGUCUCUGCUCCAUAUUUGCAAACGUACAGAUUCCAUUCCGGUUUAGGAGGAGAUAUUUCAGUUCACGAAUAUAUGGCCGAGAGCAGAAUAUGUUUCUCAUUACCACGACAAAUAUUGGACAUUUGGAUUCAACAGGAAAAGGAACUCCUCCAAGAGGUAGCCGGCAUGGGCGAGCUCCGCGAACCUUGGCAUUCAAGACAAGUGGAACUGCUGGAUCGACACCUACACCUCUUGCGGCUGUACUCGCAAGCCAGGGAGAAUCUACAGGCGCACAAGGGCGGCAUGUUCAAGGCGUCGUCGAGAAAGAGCGACCGCAGCUUGGAAUUCGCUCCAGUAAAUUUACAUUUGCAACGAAUGUGGGUGCACAACGAUACGCUCAACAAGUCGGGAUUUUAUGAUUGGAUCACUGUGGGAGCUUUUACGGCUCAUUCGCACAAGUCCAAGAACGGCGGAUUGAUCAAGCUAGUCCAACAAUUGAAGGAAUCUCCGAUAAAAUCUGGUACAAAUUGCCAAAUUUCGACAAAAAUCUCUAUGGCUAACGACGCCAUUCAAGCGAUUAAACAAUUGAGAAAGGAAGUUGUUGAAGCCAUGAGGAAUCUGAUGCGUUUAGCCAAAGAGAAACAGACCAACGGGAUGUUGCCAAUUUGUGAGGACAUGAUCAAUAAGACAAGAAUACUCCUCAGCUUAUGGGACUCAGGUCUGGUGGAGGAGGCUUUGAAUUUCAUCGAAGAAAAUAAAUUGCUGCCGAACGAGGAUUCUGGAGUGGGGGAAGACGCCAGUUUAGAUAGUUUGGGUAGACCGAAUGUGUUAUCGCCUUUUAAAAGGAUCACUCAGCAACUCACCUCGUUGGACUUGAGAAGUCCUGAAUUAGAGGAUUUCGCCACACCGUGCACUCCGAUUAAUGAUGACGAUAUUUGGAAGGUACAUAAUAACGAUACGAAUUUGAAUUCGUUGAACACCAGUGAAGUAGUCAAGAGUCUCUGUUCGGAUAUGCAAACGCCAGAUGACAGUAACUUUAUUCUGUUUCCGGAUUGUGAAGACAGUCAAAACGAGGCUUCUCUGGAAAACGCAGACCAAGAUACCACUGCAACGGAGAGUUCAAAGCCCUCGCAACCUCAAUCUUUAGAUGCGGAUACCGGUCGUACUUUCUUAGACACCAACAUAAUGUGCAAUUCGCCAUCGGCGAAUUACUACAAACCGACGGACGAACCGGAGCCCUGGGACAUCACGCAAUUGAAUAUCGAAGCUAGCGUCAUGUGUUUGGUCAGCAAAGUCAAAUUUUUGUGUGGCAGAUGCAGCAGUCCCGCCGUACGGUUAAAACCGAAUUUCAGGAACACAAAGAAAACAGUUAUUCUGGAUCAACCGCCGGGGACGAGAUGUACCAUUAUCAACAAAGAAGCCGAAGCCGUGUCUAAAGCUAUAAACAAAAUCGUAAAAAAUGGAAACAAAUUUACAGACGGUCUAGACAUCAACAAAAUAAGCGAUUGGGCUUCCGAGCUGAGGCCCAGCAUGAGGAAGUUACGACUCGCCAUGGAUGGACUACUAAAAACUGCCCGGCUUACGCAUUCCGUCUUCAGGGUACAGGAAAGCCCUAAAGUAGCACAACGCUUUUGUAACGUCCGCUAUAGAAGAGACGUCUGUUUCUCGCAAGCGUUGACUUCUUUGGUGACCGGACUCUUAACCAAACUGUGGUGCCAUAAACCGGAUCCUAAUUUCGUCAUAUUGCUAAGCGGAUUGGGUCCUUUGGCCCAUUUUGAAGGACUAUUGAGCUAUUACGGAAACGAAAUCGACAUGUGGGGUGAUAUGUCCGUCGCCAUUGAAGAUUUGAGAACAGUAUUAUUUAUUUUAGUAAGGAGCCCCAGUCCCGCUACGGAGCCCUAUCCCAAUCCAAAGGUGACGGGUACGCGGAAUUCCUUGGUAGUUUCCCUUCCCGUUCCCGAUUCAUUGUACAGUCUCAUCCCUUCCCGCCAAACUAUCUCGUUCCACGUGACCCCGGUCUUCUUCAACAUCGGAAUCAACGAAAUGGCAACCAUAGCGGAGAGUUUGGGUUCCACAAAACCGCAGGAAAGAUCGAAUAUAGAUAACUUCGACAGGCUAAACGAAUACUAUCUGCGAUACAAGAAAUUAAAAAUCGCCGACAACGUUCGAAGGUUGUCUUCCGCCUCGUCGAGUCAAACGAGACCUUUGAGUGCCAUCAUAGAAGAUCUCAGGAUAUCUGUACAUAGCUCCAAAGCCAAAAACGUCGAAUUACUCCAUUUAGCCGCCCAGACAUGUCGGCAGCUCAAUGGUUUACGAUUUACGAGUUGUAAAAGUGCCAAAGAUAGGACUGGAAUGUCAGUAACUUUAGAAGAAUCCCUGAUAUUAGCUGAUGAAUAUCAUCUAGCCGAACACGAAUUUCAACGAGCUCUAGAUUGCUUAAGAAGCGAGGGUUGUAGAAGAGAGAAUUGUUUCAAAAAUAUCGGCAUAAAGAAAUACGCCUUUAACUACAUGCAGCUGUUGGCGUUUCCGAAAUUCUACAGGCCUCCACCGGGGACAUACGGUUCUGCGCAAAGUUAA